GCUGCCGCCGCCGUGGCGCUGCUGCUGAGCUGGUACGCGCCCUCGGGGGCGCCGGCGACCGUGCCGCGCCGGCGCCGGCGGGCCCCGCAGCCUGCCCCCGGGGCGGAGGCGACCAACCUGCUGUGGGCAGUGCAGAGAUAAAGAGCAUCGCUUACAGUUACAUAUAAGUGGUCUCAUUAUUUCCUGAGCAACCCGUGCAUUCAUGAAGGCACUUGGAAUGGGAACCAAACACAGUGAAUAUCUCCAUUAAAAUGUAUGGGAAGAAUGUUAGAAGUCCUUCUGCCCAAAUGCUGGAAGCCUCAUACCAGGUGUCAGAUAUUCAUAUCAGUAGAUUUCGAGAUCCCAAACGAGCUUCUGACUUUGAAAAAUUCUGUUCCGAAACAAUCGAUAUAAUUCGGCCAGCACUUGUCCUAGCAACAGGUGACUUGACAGAUGCUAAGACAAGAGAUAAAUUCGGGUCUGAGCAAGUAGAAGUUGAGUGGCAAACUUACCGGUCGAUCCUGAAGAGAUCAAGGGUCAUGGAAAAAACCAAGUGGAUAGACAUCAAAGGGAAUCAUGAUUCGUUCAACAUUCCACACCUGAAUAGCAUUUGGAAUUACUACAGGAAAUACUCUGCCUGGCAUAAAGAUGGCUCUUUCCAUUACAUUCACACCACGUCUUUUGGGAACUAUUCCUUCAUCUGCGUGGAUGCUACCCUCAGCCCAGGCCCUAAAAGGCCCUACAAUUUCUUUGGGAUUUUAAACAUGUUUGCUCAUGCACGGGCUCCUGAAGCAGUCAACAGGACAUUCUCUGUAGAUAUAAGGAAUCAAAUGAAAGAGUUGUCUUUGAUGGCAACAGAAAGUCUCCACAGCAAUCAUACUGUCUGGUUUGGCCAUUAUCCCACUUCAGCGAUCAUCUCUCCAGCUCCAGGAAUAAGAACAUUAAUGAGUUCUGCCACAGCCUAUUUAUGUGGGCAUUUCCAUACACUGGGUGGGCUGAUGCCAACCUUGCACAGUCAACACCCUCAUGGCACUCUGGAACUGGAGUUGGGAGACUGGAUGGAUAACAGGAGGUACCGGAUCCUUGUGUUUGAUCAUGACCUCCUUAGCUUUGCAGAUCUUAACUUUGAAGAAUGGCCUGCAGUUCUCAUCACCAAUCCCAAAUCUUUCCUUUAUAGCAGUGCUGCUCAUGAACCACUAGAAAAAAUUAUAUAUUCCACUUGUAUCAGAAUUCUGGCCUUCUCUCCUUCUUUCAUUACCUCCGUCGAGGUCCGUAUAGAUGGAGUUCACUUGGGGAACGCUUAUCAGGCAUCUGGCCCUCUCUACGUACUGAAGUGGAGCCCACAAAACUACAGUGAAGGGUUCCAUUGCAUAGAGGUGACUGUCCAGGAUGCCUCAGGAAGAAUUAGCACUCAGGGCCAUAUAUUUGCUAUGGAAGAAAAACUCUCUCUUAGAUUUGGCUUUUGGCCAUCUGUUAUUCUCCUUAGUGACCACUAUGUUCUAGCUCGUGUGCUCUUUGGACUGAUUGUGUUGAUUCAGAUCACCUUGCUUGUUAUCUUUAGAUACCUCCAAAAACCAGCGCUCAAAGAACGGCCAAGAUUACUGAAUCUGACCUCAUAUUCCCUUCAUGUCUUCAGUAAGACAAAUACCUUCUAUUACUCAAUUCUGGUUCUGAAUUUAUACACCAUUCUAGGACCAUGGUUUAUAGGUGAACUGAUAGAUGGCCAAGUGGGGGCCUGUUUUUCCUUUGGGGUGUUUGUUGGUGGUCACUUCUUACAGGGCAGUCUGACAUUUGUUGCUGGGAUUUUACAGAUGCUGUUUUUCAACCUGCCAUUGAUGGCCUACCUGUGCUGGUGCCUGUUGCUGCGGUGCCAGGGUUACAGCUUCCAUUCUCACAUCCGUCACGUCCGACGCCUCUUGGCUGUGCUGGUUCACCUGGCCAUGGCACUCCUGUUGCUCUGGCAGGUCUAUUCUUGCUAUUACCUGCAGCGAACCUAUGGAACCCUGGCUUUCUUCCUCUCCCCCAUGAGAACAUGGCUGGUGGCACUGACCUCAGCUCUGAUUUAUAAAACCUGGACAUUGAACUCUUCUGAGCUCAGAACUUACAUAGUAGAAAUGAAAAACUGUCAGAGCUCCUGAAACAGUCUAAAUGUUCGGAGUUCUUUGGCUUAAAACUGUGAAGCCACAACCUAUAGGUCUGUGUUGCUGAAGUUCCAUACAACCCAACCAUUAAAUGGUAAGAUCUGAAGCUGUAUCUGAAUUGAUACAGAGCUGUAUAAUAAACAUUAAAUGUAUAAUAAUAUGUAUUAUACAUUUCUAUUAUAUUAUACAUAUACAAUAUGAUUUAUACAGUAAAUUAUAAUAACUAAUAAACCCCUAUUUAUUAUGGGGUGUUCAUUAUACAAAGCAGAUAAAUUUGUCUGUAUGGCUCACAAAUGGAAAUGUUUGCUCCUUAUCACUGUGAAUGGAAAAAUCUUUUAAAUGUAUUUUAUAUUAUUAAAUUAUACUAUUUUAAUUUAUUAAAUUAUUGAUUUUUAUAAUCAAUGGAAAAAGGAGCAUAGAUCUUGAUAAUGAGUUCCAGGAUCUGCACCUCUCUUUACUUUUUAUUUUGAGAUUUACAUAUGUUUCUACAAGACUAACUAGUCUUUAUGAAAUGGAUGUCUAGUCUUUAUGGAUGUCUUUAAUGAUUAUUGCAAAAGUGCUGUGGUGGCUUUCAUAGUCAGCAUCCUGUGCUUGUACACUCUUUUUCAGUCCGUAAUACCAUAUGCUAGCAGUUUAUAGGCUGUCAGGUGUGUAUAUAUGUAUUUGUGUGCAUUUGUUUACCUGAGCCAUGGCCUAUUACUCUCAUUCUGAGAGUGCUGGUUAAUCAACAUAUUCUCUGGAGGGAAAUGGUUACCUUUUUUCCACUGUUGAGGUUGCAGAGUUUUCCACAUUUGACCAGUGAAAGAGCAGUGAAUUGUCAGUGCUGCAGAGAUUCCUAGCUGUAGUCACAGUUCAGCUUUAAAGCAAAGAAUGGAGACAAUGUCCUCAGAAUGGGAGUGCCAGAAGGAAUCAUAUGGUCUAAUGGCUGUAAGGUCUAUUAUAAGUGAGAAGGUCAGGGCUAUAUUUCUUGGUCUUAGUCAAACCCGCCAAAGAGUAACCUUGGAAAAACUCAUCUCUUUGUUUUCAGUUUUUCUGCAUCUAAAAAUGGUUAAAACUUCAUGUUCUAGAGCCAAGAGAGCUGGGGCAUCUUUACUAAUUGCAGAUGUACUUUGCCCGUCUUCUCCGCUCCUCUGGAAAAUGAAAGGAUAUACUGGUGUACCUCUGCAAAACUUGAAGUCCCCAAUUCUAAUGCGAUUUUUUUUUGCUGUUGUUAUACCUUGAGGUCAUUGCUAAGCUUCCUGCCUCAGUUUUCCCAUCUGUAAAAUAAGGAGAGCAUUGGCCUGCUUCACAACUGCUGUGGGUGGAACAUUAAAAAUAUUUUAAGUAAUUUUACAGUAAUUUAUUUAUGGCUCCUCAAGAAAAAGGAAGAGUAACUUAUCUAUGGCCCCUCAAAAAAGCCAGGGAUAAAUGUAGUAGAACAUACAGAAAAAUAAUAAAUUGAAUUGGAGCAAAAUACUAAUUAUAACGAAGGCUAAGGUUAUUUCUAAAAAGUGACAGUUUUCCCAUCUUUUAAUUCUUGUUUCACGAUGAUUGAUAAUAUAAUAGGAAAAAGAGUAACAGCUUUCAUUUGCAUGAAUGAAAUACACUGUUACAAGAAUACUCUGCUUACCACAGAAUGUCACUGGCUGAUGCAUAAAUGUGUUUUGCACAACUGUUAGGGAAAUCCAAAAGGCGGGGACAAAAUUUUCUUGUGAGAAGCAAGAGCAAAAAUCUAAUGAUAAAUCGGACACUUUGCAGCACUCCUAGAAAUGAAACUUCUUUUAGCUGAUGAGGGAGGGCAAGAAGUAGUGAUACAAUGUUUCAUAUCUAUGCUCUGUGACAAGACCCGUUUCUGAGAUGAGGCUGAUUUUUAUUAACUAACUGUGGUGGUUGAUUACAAUGUUAUCAAAUCUUUAUAGAAUUA